AUGUCCAAGACGGCUUCGAAGAGGGCCUCCAUAAAACCUAAGGUUCCUAAAAAGCCGAUAGCAAAUGACUCAAAUUCUGAUAUCUUCGACUUGCUCGAUACAGAUGAACUAGGCCUCGAGGAAUUUACCCUUAAUAAUCAAGUGGAAGAUUUUGAGUUUUGGUCGUCUUUUGCAGAUCAGUCAACAAGUACGACGAAUAAUCCGGACGGAGAAAUGCAAAAGUUUACAUAUUCAUAUAUUUCUAGCAAGGAAAACGCACAUGUGAAAGCAAAGAAGAAAGAAGCAGGGCCUACGGCUACGGAAGCUUCAAACGAUAGCCCAUACUCAUGUACAUAUUCCGUGUCAGUCAAUAAUGGAAGACUUCGAUUUGUAUUACCUAAACUAGAUAUAACUAAGGCAUGGAGUCUCUUGGACUUAGAUAAAGUGAUUCACGAUGGAGGUGGUAAUAUUGACGAUAAAAACACGCUCUUAAACGCAAAGAUGAAGCACUUGGAAAAAUUGGGGAGGAACUUCAGCGUGAUCAAAUCGGCACAGAUACUCUUUCUUCAAAAAUAUAGAUUGGAACCUCCUAAUGGUGCAAUUCUUCAGAAACUAGAAAGCGAAUUCAAUUUCGAAUUGAAAAAUCAUAAUCUUGGUGACACUAGAUUUGUCCUAGAGAUCAAGAAGACAAGCAAAAAGAAUGGAACAUCAACUAUAGAGCGCCACGAAAUACCCACUCAACACCAUACUUUCUUCACCUACCUUGGUCUAGCGACGGUGGAAGAUUCACUGAAGCUUGCCCCUAGGGUUAUUUAUAGAUUCUUGAGAAGGUGUAAAAACGAGACAUUGCAACAAACCAUUUGGGAUUCCAAUGAGGUAGAAUUUGAUAAUGAGAAUGAAUCAGCUCUUCGAGAAAUCAACAACUCACUAAGGGGCGAAGUACCUCCAUGUCAAUUGAAUGAAGUUGUAUUCUCGUCGCUUUCCCGGCCAAUACUUCUUCGUUUCAACAAUGAAUAUGUGAAAUUACCAUCCUUGCCUAAUAUCAAAGCUGUUUCCGAGUUUCCCUUCAUACUAGAGCUAGUAUUUGGAGGUUCAUUCAUGCAAGAAAAUGUAUAUUCCAGCAGUACUGAAGUGAGGAUCAAGAAAAUGUCAUACACACUCGAUAAGAUCGGGGACAGAAUACUCCACAUCCUCGCUCAGGAAUACUAUUCCCAGAGGAAAGCACUGUUUGACAGCUUAACGAGAUCUAACGCCUUGCUUGGUAGAUUGGUUUACUUGUAUGACUUCCCGCGAGCUAAUCUUCGCGCCAAUAAGGACAAGGAAAAGUACCAGCCGUUGGCCAAGGGAAUAAAUGACUUUGAGUUGGAAAGAUUAGGCGAUAUUUUCGAGAAGUUUAUAGCCGUCACAUUCAUGACGGACUCAAAAGCAUGUUUGAAAUGGCUUUUCGAAAUAUUUGACACUAUUCACGAGGCGAUAAUGAUCAGCUUAUACCAGAAAGAUGUGCAGUCGUUCACAGAUGCUGCCAAGUUGAAUUUGCGGUUUAAGCCAAAGGCACCCGAGAUUGAGUAUGUUAGCAGGGAAAUUGGUGAAGCCGUUGAAAAGUUUGUCCUUCACUUGGUGAAAACUAAAUCCGCUGAGAUGAGGUCCAUUAGACGGUCCUUCAAGGUUAAACGAUGA